GGUUCGCGCUGGUGGUCGUUGGUGAAUUUCUCAGCUUGUCAGUGGAUGGCUUUUUGUUUAAUUAUUUGGCUACAUUAUGAAUGAAAUCAGUGAACCCGCCCCGAAUUGAAAUAGUUUACUGAGGAUAAUUUGGCAGUAUGAAAUCCAUAAAGCGAAUUUAGCUUCCACUGUAAAAUGUAAGAAUAACACUGGAGGCAUCGAGAUCAAAUCGACUGUGGGCAGGCGUCAGAAAUGUCUACCACUGGAGCAGAAGGCACCGAACGUAGCCCUGAGGAAAUACAGUUGCCAGACUUGGUAUUACUCAGUAACAGUCAAAACUCCCAGGCCUUUGAUGCACUGUCUAGCCAGGACACUCAAUUUACUUCGGACACUGUAGAUCUGACAGAUGUGGAAGCAAUGGAGAUCAAUUGUGGACAGCAUGAUUAUAGAAAUGAGGUACAAAUGGUGCUUCAGCCUGUUACCAAGCGAGAGAAUGUAGACAGUUGUAAAUCAGGGCAACGUUUGGAUGAUGCUUGCACUGAGUCACAGGAGUCAGAAGAAGGUGGUCUAGAAGAUGAAAUAAUGGAUGGAGAACAGGAAUUGUGUCAUUUUUCACAAUCUUCUUCCCCUCAACCCCAUUCACAGCUUCAUUCUCAUUAUGUUCACCUCCUGUCUUCAUUCACAGGGGACCAUGGAAAUGCUUCCAUCAUGCCAUUAGCUCCAGUGGGUAACUGGAUUCACGAACAUGGUCUUCCUCAUCCAAUGAGAAUGAUACCGGUGAUUAAAGGUCCACUCGUUUCUUCCAAUGUUGGUGUUGGUAAAUAUAAUUCUACUGGGUCACAGACUGGGCAACCAUCUGAAGCCACACAGUCACCCUGUUCACCAACUCACACUGAAGGAGAAGACUACCCAUAAAACAAGAAAUUCUCCAAGGCAAUGGCCCACCAAUCCCUGUCUUCUCAUCCUGAUAAGGAAGAAGCAUUGUAACUCUUUAGAG